ACAAUAAUACAUAAAAAUAAUACUAAAAUAAUAAAAAGAAGAAGAACAAGAAGAAAAGGACAGUGUAGUCUCCGUCAGUGAAAUGCGAUGCCUGGCAGACACCACAGACGGCAAAUGCAAUAUAAUGGGAACCAAUAAAAAAGAAUAACAAAGUAAAUGGAAUAGUUAAAUAAUUGCUACAACAAACAAUGCGAACUAAUAAAGCACCUAAAAGGAUUCAAAUUGCAGUUGAGCGCAACGGCAAAAAGCAAAUAGAACAGCAGCAGCAGCAACAAUCGAACGUGCCACGGGGCGUAUGAUUGAUACGAAAAAGCAGCAACAGCAAAAAACUAAAAAACAAAUUUACAGUAACUAAAUGCUAAACGCCAUGGAACGUGAAAUGUGCCGAAGGCGUGAUUUUAUUGCUAAUAAAUGCAUUAAAUAUGAGAAAGCAAUACAAACAGCAACAGCAACAAUUGCUGCAGCAAAUGCGAGAACAGCAACAACAACGCCGCUAACGGCCAAUGGAGCAACCACCACUGUGGUGCUUAGCAACUCAGCCACGGAACCAUUAACGGACAUGCAACGAAACCACCUGCUAAAGAUGCCAACAACAACAGCAACAACGACAGCAAACAAAACACUGGAAUUACCAACAACAGCAACAACAACAACAACAACACAAAGCCUUGGCAGGACAUUAAGAACAUUGGCACACAACUGGCCACAGUCUGGACUCCUGUUGACGCUCUGCCUGAGCCUCAGCCUGGUAUGCAGCAGCCAAGCGGGCUUCGCUUGCCUCAGCAAUCCGUGUGUAUUCGGCGUCUGCAUCGAUGGCCUGAACAGCUCGUACUCGUGUUACUGCAUUGACGGCUACACAGGGAUCCAGUGCCAAACGAAUUGGGACGAAUGCUGGUCGGGCCCCUGUCAAAACGGCGGCACAUGUGUGGACGGUGUUGCCUACUACAACUGUACGUGUCCGGAAGGAUUUUCUGGCUCAAAUUGUGAGGAAAAUGUGGACGAAUGCAUGUCAAAUCCAUGUCAAAAUGGCGGACUUUGCCGUGACCGUAACAAUGGGUACACCUGCACCUGCCAGCCCGGCUAUCUGGGGGAUCACUGUGAACUGGAUGUGGCCGUCUGCGACACGGGCACUGGAGCCCGUUGCCAGCAUGGCGGCGAGUGCAUUGAGGGCCGUGGCUUGGAGUUUAGCUGCCAGUGCUCGGCGGGCUGGCAUGGCCGCAUCUGUCAGGAGGAGAUCAAUGAAUGCGCCUCCUCGCCCUGCCAGAACGGCGGCGUCUGUGUGGACAAAUUGGCCGCCUAUGCCUGCGCCUGUCCCAUGGGCUAUACGGGCGUCAACUGCGAGGAGGAGAUACUCAUCUGUGCGGACAAUCCGUGCCAGAACAAUGCCCUCUGCCUCAUGGAGGAGAAUGUGCCCACAUGCUACUGCGUGCCAGAUUAUCACGGCGAGAAGUGCGAAUUCCAAUACGAUGAGUGUCAGCUGGGACCGCGCUGCAUGAACGGAGGCGUUUGCAUUGACGGCGUCGAUACCUUCUCCUGCUCCUGCCCUCCACUGCUGACGGGCAUGCUGUGCGAAUGCUUGAUGGUGGGUGAGGAAUCGCUCGAUUGCAACUACACUGCACCGGCGACAGCUGCACCACCGGUGGUGUCCGUUACACCGUCGGUGCCGCCCUUCUCGACCUUAGCACCGCCCACUGUGCGACCGGUUACGCCACCAGAAACGACCAUGGCCCCAAGUGCACACCCCACUGCACCGCCAGCAUCAGCUGUAACCACUAUGACGCCAAUUGAGUUACCUUCCUCGUCCGCAUCGUCUUCAUCGGAGGAAACUCUGGUAGAGUUCCGCGUAACGGUGGCACCACCCGAGAGCGACAGCCACAGCUUAGACAAGGUGCCAACAACAAUAAGGCCGCAACCACAGCCAGAGGUCCCAGAGCCAACAGCCGAGGCACAGCCACUGCCUGAACCCACCACACCACCGGUUGGCGGCGUUUCUUCAGCCUCCACCUCGUCGUCCGAGGAAACUCACGGCAUCUACACUACUCUACCCCCAAUGCCGGCGCCGGGUGUAACCGCCUCCUCAUCAGCCGAAACUUCUUCGGAAUUGAUUACCUCCGAGGAAUAUACAACAGUGCGGCGCUUUGAUGUUAGCGGCAGUGGCAGUGGCAGUGGCGCCGGCAGCGGCAGCGGUUCCAGUGAGGAACCCACCACCACAAUGCGAACCACUGUAACACAACCGCCCAGCAUAACAAUUGCCGUCGAUUAUGCAUCAUCGAGCAGCUCCGAGUCGGUGGAGCAGCCCAUAGCCGCAACCACACCCAGCAGCAUCUAUGUGCAUCGCGUAACCACAUUUGAGACAAGCAUCUCGGUAGACUAUGCACCCACACCGACACCCUAUUUUCCGCCAGAGACCACCAUGAGCCCGACCAAGACGCCACUCGAGGAGACAACGCGACAUUUGUGGACCGAACUGCCCACCACAGCGGCGCCAUUCUUCACGGAUUAUCCAGCUGAGGUGCUCAUCACAACGCAUCGCACCAGCGCCGGACGAUUUACGACGGUGCAGCCACCCGUACAGCAAGAGACCACCACAGCACCACUGGACUAUGAGCCGCCCAGCGUGGAGCUAACCACGGCACAAACUCCGCACAUUGUGGUAACCAUUCUGGAGAGUAAUGCAACGCUCCCAACCACAACACUAUUGCCACCAAUAACAACCCAGCGUGAGCCUCAGCCGCAAACCACUCAUACAGCCACUGAAACACCAGCGGAAUGGGAGUCAAGCACCACACAGGUACCACCGGCCGUAACCGUGCCCGCGCCUGUGGAGAUAACCACAUCCCAGACUAUGACAACAGAGGACUUGGUGGGGCCGCCUGCGCCGCCUUUGAUGACCGUGGAGUCGCCUCGCGAGACAACCACGCCCAGAACUGGGGUCACUCCGGCACCCACACCAUUGCCCACAGAGCCACCAACUGUGGCCAGCUUGCCUGCAGUUACGGUGCCACCAACUCCGCCAUCCACACAGUCGGCACAGACGAUGCCACCACCCACACCGCCCAUAUAUGUCUACAGUACACCCGGACAACCAGAGGUAGCGGCGCCGACCAAGUCCCAGGUAACCGAGAGCAGUGAGGACACUGAUGGCGCCAAUACGGUGGCCAGCGGUGGUGCCGGCAGUGGUGCUGGCGGCUCUGAAGGCAAAUCUGGCGAUGUUGACUGCAUCAAGCUCGGCUGCUACAACGGCGGCACUUGUGUAACCACAUCGGAGGGUUCCCGGGUGAGUAAACCAUACCAAAUUUCUCUAUUUGUCUCUCCCCUUCUCUGUCUCUUCUUCGCAGCACUAAGCAAACCAACAACACCGAGCUUCCGCGGCAACAGUUACCUGAUCUUGCCACCCCCUCGCAUACCAAUGAAAGACAAACGCCGCGGCCCUUCGCUCUAUGCACGUCCACCGCGCGAAGCCGUACAAAUAUCGCUGAACUUCUCGACCAUCGAACCGGAUGGCCUAUUGCUCUGGAGCGAACACAAUCAGCUGAAAUUCUUGGGUCUCGGCUUGAAGAACGGCCACCUGAAGCUGGCGAGCAAUUUGCUGGGCAGCAUCAAUGAUACCGUGCAGGCGGCAGCAAGCGGUUUCAUUGCCGAUGGCGCCUGGCAUGCUACGAGCGUGCUUCUGGAUCGCACACGGCUCGAGCUGCAGCUGGAUGGGUCCGUUAUAUUCACAGAGCGAUUGCCCGAGCUCAAUCGUAGGCUGACAUCAACAUCAACAACGACAUCGUUGCAGCGACGAGGCGCCAAGGAUCCAACGAUUAGCUAUGAGGAUAUUUUCUACUUGGGUGGAUUUCCCAAUCAGGAAUCGGUUAGCAAACGGACGCAAGGACGCUUUUACGAACCAUUCAAAGGCUGCCUUCAGGAUAUACAAUUCGGUGCAGAGCCAACAGCCAUUAUAAGCGAUUUCUCAGCAUAUCAAGGCGAAAAUAUUGGCUCAUGUGAUUUGCACGGUGAUGAGCCGAUUGUAGUAUAAAUCGACAGAUAAAU